AUGGAUGUCUUACGGAAGGCACGGGCGGUGCCAGUACGUAAUCUUAUUACGACCUUCCGGGCACAUCCAGACCUCGUCUCCUUGCCUAACAUGUUGUGCUACGAAGGAAGCCUCAUUAGCGGUGUAACCGCAGAAGACAGACAACGAAUUCUUAAUGUCAUGGAUUUCCCUAACCCGCGUCUACCAUUUGUGUUCUUAGACAUCAACGGUGUCAUGAAUCAAAACAUCUCGGAAAUCCUCAAUUUAUAUGAUAUCAAUUAA